AGGAUUCUAGCAAAUCCAGAGGUACAACUCCUAGAUUCUGGGAACUUUAUCCUCAGGGAGAGUACUGACAGGAGUUCUGAGAACUACAUGUGGCAAAGCUUUGAUUAUCCAUCAGAUACAUUGUUAACAGGAAUGAAGCUUGGAUGGAACUUAAAAACCGGUUUUGAGCGAUAUCUUACAUCAUGGAGAAGUGUUGAUGAUCCAUCUGCUACAGACUUUAGUUUCAGACUCGAGAUUAAUGACGCACCUCAAUUAUAUAUUAGCUCUUCGUCAAAAAAAGUGGCCCGCAGCGGACCAUGGAAUGGCGUGCAGUUUGGUGGUAUUCCCAUGACCCACAACAAGGUCUUCAAACUAAUGGUGGUGCAUAACGAAGAUGAGUUGUAUUACAUGUAUAAGCCUUUCGACGACACAGUUCUCACACGAUUAAUUGUGAAUCAAUCUUCCGGUACAAUGCAACGUUUUGUUUUUAAUCAGGGGAGCGGAGCAUGGGAAAUUGAGCAGUGUGGUGCUAACUCCAACUGCAGAACCAGCAGGACACCGAUGUGUGAAUGCUUGAAGGGGUUUGUGCCCAAAUCACAAGAUGACUGGGGCACACCUCAGACUACAACAUGUGUAAAGAAAUCACAAGAGUCAGAUUGCCCCGAUAGAGAAGGGUUUCUGAAGCUUGUUCGUAUGAAAGUCCCUGAUAAUAAUUGGUCCAACCAAAGUAUGAAUACUCAGGAAUGUUGGGCGAAGUGCUUGAAGAAUUGUUCUUGCAUGGCUUAUGCUAAUUCAGAUAUAAGCGGAAAAGGUAGUGGUUGUUUGAUGUGGUCUGGAGACCUGACUGAUAUAAAAGAAUGUUCAGGAAGUUUCAGUUGGGGACAGGAUUUAUAUAUACGGGUUCCAGCUUCAGAACUAGUUAAUCAUUCCUAUAAAAAGAAAAUAAUGAUGAUCGUCGUGACGGUGGUCUCGAUCAUUUUUUGCAUGUUUCUAUUGGGCCUUUUAGUCUACAAAGCUUGGAAGAAAACGAGGAGCAAAGGUAAGGAAGAAGUUCAAACUUCAAUAAACAUGGAGAAUAGGAAGGAGGAUAUAGAAGUACCUUUGUUUGAUUUGGCCACCAUUGUUGCUGCUACUAACAAUUUCUCCCACGCCAACAUGAUUGGUGAGGGUGGAUUUGGUCCUGUUUACAAGGGAACACUUUUGGACGGACAAGAAAUUGCAGUAAAGAGACUUUCGAAAAAAUCAGGACAAGGUCUGGAAGAGUUCAAGAAUGAAGUAGAGUUAAUUGGAAAACUUCAACACAGGAAUCUUGUUGCACUUGUUGGCGGCUGCAUUGAAGGAGAUGAAAGGAUGCUGAUCUACGAGUAUAUGCCCAACAAGAGCUUGGAUUAUUUUAUUUUCGAUAAGGAAAGAAGGGAACUACUGUCAUGGAAAAAGCGCUUUGAAAUUAUUAUUGGAAUUGCACGUGGACUUCUAUACCUCCACCAAGAUUCUACACUUAAAGUAGUUCAUAGAGAUUUGAAGACAAGCAAUGUUUUGUUAGACAGGGACCUGAAUCCUAAGAUUUCAGAUUUUGGUUUGGCAAGAAUAUUCGGGGAUGAUGACACAGAAGUAAGCACAAAGAGAGUCGUUGGAACAUAUGGCUACAUGUCUCCUGAGUAUGCCACGGAAGGGAUAUUUUCAUUGCAAUCCGAUGUUUACAGCUUUGGAGUGCUUCUGCUAGAGAUAAUAACUGGAAAAAGGAAUAAAGGGUUUCGUCAUAUUGAUCACCAUCAUAAUCUCAUUGGACAUGCCUGGCUGUUGUGGAAUAAUGGAAGGGCCCUGGAACUAAUGGAUAGGCAUUUAGAAGAUUCUUUCAUAGAAUCUAAAGUCCAAAGAUGUAUUCAAGUGGGUUUGUUAUGUGUGCAAAAGUUCCCAGAAAACAGACCAGAUAUGUCAUCUGUGGUUUUCAUGUUAGCAAAUGAAGAGGUAGCACUGCCUCGACCUAGAGAGCCAGGUUUCUUCACAGAAAGAGGUUUCAGCACAGAUACAUCAUCAAGUAAAGAAACAGCUAAUACACAAAAUGCAUUGAGUAUAACCAUCCCGGAAGGAAGAUAGAAUUUCAUGCCCCAGUUUAAUAGUUAUUUUCUGUUGGAGCAUGCAGUAACUAUGCAUAUAUUUUAUCUUUGCAUCAUAAGCUUUAAGGACUUCAUUGCCAUAGAAUAAUUUCUUGAUGUACAAAUGUUUCCAUAAUGCUUUAAAAUGGAGACUCGUCUCAAUUCUGUAAUUUAUUAUGUGUCAAAUUUAGCAAAGCUAUAAUAUUAUAGGAUUGAAUUGUAUCUUAAAACUA